CAUUCUUCUCCAUUUUCGAUUUCUUUUAAUCUUUUUCGGAAAAAAGAAAAUAUUCUUAUUUCGUUUCUUCAAUCUUACCGUCUUCCUUUUCUGUCCCAUUCUCUGGCAUUUCGAUUUUCAACCGCAGUUCUCGCUUCCACCCUCAUCCGCUUAAUACGGCCUCCUUCAUAGCUACACCUCCGCGAUCAUCUUCUUCAUAACUAAUCCUUUCUUCCUUUCUCGUCCACCAUUUUCAGAUUUCCUUCUUGGGGCUUCUACGUGAUCGUUUUUGUAGGUUAAUCGGUCGUCGCAAGGAGGAUCGGGAGAAAAGCAGCUAUGCAGAGCCAACUUGUAUGCAGUGGGUGUAGGAGCAUUCUUCUUUAUCCUGGAGGGGCUACUAACGUAUGCUGUGCAUUAUGCAGUACAGUCACCUCAGUUCCCCCUCCUGGAACAGAUAUGGCUCAACUUAUAUGUGGAGGUUGCAGGACAUUGCUUAUGUACGCACGUGGGGCAACAAGUGUUAGAUGCUCAUGCUGUCAUACAGUGAACCUUGCACCUGCCACGAACCAGGUUGCACAUGUUAACUGUGGAAACUGCCGAACAACACUCGUCUUUCCAUACGGAGCUCCAUCUGUCAAGUGUGCCAUCUGUCACUAUGUUACUAACGUUGGUAUGUCCAACGUGAGGGUUCCUAUUCCAGUGCACAGGCGUAACGGAACACUUGGCUCUGGGAUGCCCCCUUCAUCAUCAUCUCAGAGCCAAACAGUAGUAGUUGAGAACCCGAUGUCUGUUGAUGAAAGUGGCAAAUUGGUGAGCAAUGUCGUUGUGGGUGUCACGACAGAUAAAAGGUAACUCGGUGAGAUGGUGGUUGAUCGAUGGAACUUACUAUUAGCGGCUGAAAAAGGAUGGGAGGAAACGAUAUAUAUAUUUAUAUAUAUCUAGUACAUUACUAUACUGCUUGGAAUAUGAAUAUGAUGUGGACAUUUCUGUAUAGUUUGCCUCCAGAUUUUCCCUCGAGGUAACCAAUCAUUCUUGAGUCAACUUCAAUUUUCGAGGUUCAGAGAACUAUUUACCCUGUGAAUGUGAGAUGUAUAUGGUGGACCAGAAGAAUUGAGGGUCUAUACUGCAUUACUUGUCUGAUUUUCUGUACCGAAUCAUUGAGCUGUCUCGCAAGUAAAAAUAUUAUACAUCCAUCGUAUCCCCUUUAGUAAAUACGAGUAUUAUAAACGUUGUCUUGUAA